ACGCCAGUCACAAUCUGCCCAAGGCGAGGGAGGGCAAGGAAGACACGAGAGAGAGGAGGAAAGGCGACUGUAGGAAAAGAGAAAAGAGAAGAAGAGAAAAAAAAAACGGGGGGACACACGAGCAGCUCCGGUCUCGCCGAGCACAAUUAGAGAAGUGUUGCUGAACGUGGGCUAUGCGCGCAACAAGGGGGGAGCGCAGUGCACAGAGGAGGUGAACGCAUGUAGAGGCUCAGCUUCAGACUCACAGCCUCCUUCUUGAAGAGUCACUGCGCUGACAGAGGAAAGGGAAGAAGAGAGGAACUCCUAGAAAACGGCAACUCUUGGAAAGACGUGAGUACGAGCUUUCAAAACAAAAGACAAGAAAAGGAGAACAAAAAAACAAAAAGCAGGAGAAGAAGAGUAGACUUUUCCUGGUUCCGAAUCUGCUCUGGAAGAGAGAAAAUGAACGCCAGCGAAGAGAACCUGCUCAAGUCCAUCAGCAAUGACGCGCUCCUCGACCUGACGCAGCGCUACGGCCAGUCAGCCUUCGGGUUUGGCGCUGGCCAUGGUGCUGGAAGUCCCGGCCGGUUCCCGCUCACGCCGGCCACCGACUUCCUCUCCGGGCAGACCGCGAAGUCCAACGAGAGCGGCGGGGAGCACACGAGCGACGACGAGGACGGCUUCGACUCGCUGGACUCCCGGAAGAGGGGCUCGUCUUUCGGGGACGACAAGCCCGGGGGGCCCCUGGCCAAGAAGUCCAAGGAGCAGCGGUCCCUGCGGCUCAGCAUCAACGCCCGGGAGAGGAGGAGGAUGCACGACCUGAACGACGCGCUGGACGGCCUGCGCGCCGUUAUUCCCUACGCCCACAGCCCCUCGGUGAGAAAACUCUCCAAAAUAGCCACCCUCCUCCUGGCCAAGAACUACAUCCUCAUGCAGGCUCAGGCUCUGGAGGAGAUGAGGCGGCUGGUGGCGUAUCUGAACCAGGGACAGACCAUAACCUCACCGAUCCCCACCGCCCUGGCGCCCUUUGGACAGGCUGCCGUCUACCCCUUCUCGGGCUCCGCACUCGCCACCUGUGCCGAAAAGUGCACUACUUAUUCCGGGGCACCGUCGAGUCUCUUCAAACACUGUAACGACAAGCCUUGAUUUGGUUUUAACUCUCUUUCCAGAACUUUUACCUUUACUGCACCCAUGUCUCUCUCUCUUGCUCUCGCGCGCUCUCUCUCUCUCUUUCUCCCACUCUAGUUAUUUUUAAAAAAUCAUUCUGUGGAAAAAUAAAACGAUUUUUAGUCUAAUGCAUAAUCUUAAGAUAUGGUUAAGUAAUUAUACUUGCGAUGUUUCAUCCAGACUUAACAAACGCUACAUAGAAAAUGAACUGUUAGGCCUUCCUGUUCCCCCUUGUUACUUUCUGUCGCUCGUAGUUGCAGACACUACAGGCCAAAUUCUGGGUAAAAUUUUCUUUUUCCAGCUCUCAUUUGUAAUCUAUGCAACAUUCAACAACAACAACAACACAACAAGUAGAAAUGCCAAGAAAUGCGACCUAAUCUGGAUUUUUAGAUUUGAAACAGGAAUUCAUGAGAAGACUUCCAUUGACUGACUUGUAUGAUGCUAUGUGGGGGAUAAAAAAAAAAAUCUGAUGUGAUGUUGGCUGAUAUAUUUUCUGAUACGAUGUGUUGACGAGUUUGUUCGUUUUUUUAUUUUAAGUGAUUGCACAUUUCACAUGAUUGUAUUGUACAACGUUGAAAAAAGAAAAUCACUUGCUUCAAGCCCGGUUAUACUAAUGGUUAUAUAAUUAACAGCCUAUGAACUGAAAGGAGCGUUUUUGGUUGUGUUGCAAACAUGGAUUUCAUAUAUUGUUUAUAUGUCUUUAUAAUUAAAACACAUAUCUAUGCUCGGA